AUGAAUCAGGUAAAUGAGAGUGUCCCACAAGAGUUCAUCCUCUUAGGCUUCUCAGAUAGACCGUGGCUGGAGCUUCCACUCUUUGUGGUAUUCCUGGUUUCCUAUAUCUUGACCAUCUUUGGCAAUUUGGCAAUAAUUCUCAUGUCACGUCUGGAUUCCAAACUCCACACCCCCAUGUAUUUUUUUCUGACUAAUCUCUCACUCCUGGACCUUUGCUAUACCACAAGUACAGUUCCACAAAUGCUGGUAAACAUAUGCAACAGCAGGAAAGUAAUUAGUUAUGGUGGCUGUGUGGCCCAACUUUUCAUUUUCCUGGCCUUGGGUUCCACUGAAUGUCUUCUCCUGGCCGUCAUGUCCUUUGAUAGGUUUGUAGCUAUUUGUCGCCCUCUCCAUUACUCAGUGAUCAUGCACCAAAGACUCUGCCUCCAGUUGGCAGCUGCAUCCUGGAUUAGUGGCUUCAGUAACUCAGUAUUGCAGUCCACUUUGACUCUUCAGAUGCCGCUUUGUGGCCAUAAAGAAGUGGAUCACUUCUUCUGCGAAGUCCCUGCUCUGCUCAAGCUGUCAUGUGUAGACACAACAGCAAAUGAGGCUGAACUAUUCUUUAUCAGUGUGCUAUUUCUUCUAAUACCCGUGGCACUCAUUCUUAUAUCAUAUGCUUUUAUUGUCCAAGCAGUGUUGAGAAUAAGGUCAGCUGAAGGUCGACGAAAGGCAUUUGGAACAUGUGGCUCCCAUCUAAUUGUGGUGUCACUUUUUUAUGGCACUGCUAUCUAUAUGUAUCUGCAACCACCAUCCCCUGCCUCCAAGGACCGGGGAAAGAUGGUGUCCCUUUUUUACGGAAUCAUCACACCCAUGUUGAACCCCCUUAUAUACACACUUAGAAACAAAGAUGUAAAGGGAGCAUUUAAGAGGUCGAUUGCAAGGGUCUUCUCAAUCAAGACAUGGGAAUAUCCAAAUAAUAGGCCUCGUUAA